GUUUAUUGCCAUGUUCUAUCUCCAUCUUGUUCUCCAACAACUCAAAAAGCUGAAGCAUCUCAAAAGAUGGGGUUGCUCUUUCAGCACAGCAAGAGUGGUUCCUAGAUCCUUUUCCACUUCUUACUUCGGUUAUGAUUUGGGAUUGAACUUUUCACCUUAUUGCCUUAUAUGCUAUCCCUUCUUUGUUCGAAUGGUUUCAUAACAAAGACAUGGCUGUUGUUGUUGUUGAUCGGCCUAAAAAAGAGAUGAUUCCAGGAAUUGGAAUCAGAAAGUCAGAGAGCAACUUACUUCUUUCGGGAAACAGUCUUGCCUCUGUUGAAUCUUUAUCCUUGCCUCUUGUCCAAGAUGUUGUUCUCUCAGCAGAUAUUGGAUGUGCAGAAUGUCAAAAGAGAGUAGCUGACAUAAUGUCUAGAAUGAAUGAGAUACAGUCAGUGGUGGUGAGUUUAUUGGAGAAGAAGGUGACACUAACAUGUAGGUAUGCUAGUGUUGGUAAAGCAUCCACACAACAAAUUGCUACCAUCUACAGAAAACCUCUUGGCAAAGUUGCCAUGAUCAAGCGGAUAUUCCGCUCUUCUCGGUGAUUACAAACAGAGAGGAUCCAACAAGCCAAGGAAAACCUAUAUUUCAUAAUACUCCUGAGAUUGAGAAGGCCAUGUAUAUACAAGCUUCAAUGUACAUUGAUGUCGAAUAAAUCGAAUAUGUAUUUUUUUCUUGGA